AAUGUUUGCUCCUGUUAUAAAGAAAACCAUUUUAUUUUUAGAUCUCUCCAAGGCUUAGCAAAUACUUUACAUGAAGGACAUGUUGCCUCAAAGCAUGAGCUGCAUACAUUACUGCAACACACCGUUUCUCAGGAUUCCAGAAGCGUCAUCUUGUUUCUUCAAGACACGCUUAGCGUGGAUGACUUCACACGUUACGCCAACUCCUCUGGAAAUGAGACACCAUUUCGCAAUGUUCAGGAACUUCUCAAGACUUCGUCAUCAUCUUUAGUUUUACCAGCUGUUGACCAUCAUGCUGUUGAUCACCUUUCAGAAUACUUUCAGCAAAUUCUGAACUGGACUGUAGUGAAUGUAGAUGACCCUCAUAUAUCACCGCUUAUGAUGAAUGCAUCGAAACCCCAAAUAUUUGUAAUAAUGCUACAACCAGUCCAGAGAAUAAAUGAACUUUCUGCUCUAAAGGGACUCAUGGAAAAUGACAAAAUAAUUGAAAGAUUUGCUAAGGCUUUGCAACAACAUGGAAUUCAGUAUUUAGCCAUCUAUACAGCAAGACGGCCUUCAAAGAUACCAGUGGAAUUUGGUGUAGGGUGGCACAGUAGACGACAGCUAAUGUCUGUUCAACAAUCAGAUAUUAAAGAGCAAUAUCGUCCAGUGAAAGUAACCAAUGGAUCUCAGACAUGCAUCCUUUUUUAUGCCACUGAAUUCAACUUUACAGCGGGAUCACAACCAACAAUUAUUCUAACAAAUUCAACAUUUGUAUUUCCCAAUGUGGAUACCAGCUUAUCUCAGUGUUCAGAAACCAGUGCAAACUUAUCAUUAAGAUACAACAAUCAAGGAAAUAUCAAGGAUCUGGAAAUAAGAUUUAUAAUGAACAACAGGUUCUAUGAAGGUUCUGCACGAAAAUGGUUCACUUUAGAGCAUAUUUUGAUUAUAGCAGACAACAGGAGUGUUGAUUUUAGUGUCACUGACAUCUCCAGUCCUGCAGAGUUUUCAUUUCAUUGCCAGAAAGUGGGAACAAGCAAAAACUUUGAUGUAACUUUGAAUCCAGAUGACAAUAAAGAACACUGGGAGGUUGUCAUUUCUGAGUUUCAGAUUCAAGCAUUCAAUGUUGCAAACAAUACAUUUUCCUAUGCAAGUGACUGCACAUCUUUCUUCACUCCUGCAAUUUGGAUGGGUUUGGUGACAUCAUUAGUUUUACUGUUGAUCCUUACCUAUGGAAUUCACAUGAUUGUGCACCUCACAACAAACAGUAGAUUUGAUGACCCCAAAGGUCCAGCUCUUUCAGUACCAGAGACAGAAUAGCUGCCAAUGUACAGUUCAGAUCACAGUGAACUGCUUUCAAAUCUAUUAGUGUAGGGGAAAUCAUAAAUAAAGUGAAGAGAACCUUAAUCAAAUGUUUCCAGAGGGGGAGCCGUGUUAGUCCAUAGCAGCAGCAACAGUCUUGUUAAAGACUAACAGAUUUAUUGUAGCAUGACAUGAAGUAUAGUCCACUUCAUCAAAUGCUGCUGAGGAUUACACUUCAUGGGUCUGAUGAAGUGGAUUGUAGUCCACACAAACUUACGCUGCAAUACAUUUGUUAAUCUUUAAUGUGCCACAAGACUCUGCUUGGGGGAAAAAAAAAGAUUAAACCAUGAGCAAUGAAAUAUUGUUUCAAAAUCAGAGACUGAGCAAUAGUGAUAAUCUUUCCAGCUCUUGCCUCAUUUUUAAUAGCUGCCUGAAUGAAGGUCCUGCAGCAAAGCUGAUACCAUUCACAGUUGCUGCAAGCCAUUAAGAAGACCAGGAUGUUUUUCACACAGUGCUUUUAAAGCCCUUUAACUCACAUCUCCUCCGGAAUGGAGGGGGUGCGUCCACACAUUGGCCAGAUUUACCCUGAAGUCUUUGCGAGUUAUCGGGGAACAGUUCACACACAAAUUGGGUUUUUCACUGCGUGUUAGAAUGUAGGCCGAUAUAUAUCCAGGGUUAAAAAAUCCACUAUUUGUGUCAGUUUGGGGGGACAACUUCGAUUUUGCAGUAAAGCCUCCCAGUAAACUUGCGGUAAAGCCUGCUGUGUGUAAAAGCCCCUGCAGGUAGUGCUAGCAGCUUUUUAACUGCUAUUUGAAAAGGGUCAUAGCGAGGGAUUUUUGGAGAAACAUGUUUGUAAUAAAGCUUUAUUCAGAAAUUCCAUACUGAAUUUUAAAAACCUCUUUUUAGAAAAUGUUCUCUCCAAAUAUUCAAAUCAAGUAAAACAGAAGAAAUGAAUUCUAGAUAUAAAACUGACUGGCUGUCUUACACACCCUUAAUGUCUGAUUUAAUCACAUUUAUGACACCACAUUUCUCUGAAUGGAUUCACAUGAUUCAUUUAUCCAUUUUUGUUUUGGUUUGGGGUUUUUUGUUUUUUUGCAAUCACCCAGUGAUGAAAUAUAUGUAGAGUGUGGUCUUUCAAGAGGGCCUAAUAUGGAUUCAAGUCCAAAUCCACUACAAAUCCACUACGAAAGUCCAAAUCCACAACACAGUGAUAUUGAAGGGCUACGAUUCUCUUUGUGAUUUUGGAAGCUGACACUAAACAAUGAACUUUCCAUAACAUCAUUAGCAAACAUCAUUGUUAGUCUUGAUUCAGUUCAGAUUCAUUCCUGUGUUUACUGGAAUCUGUCCCUAUGUUUAUAAGCCUGGCAUUCCUAAAGUCUGGAUCUUAACUUAAUAUCCCCCUGUUCUCUCUCUUCCAUACCCGCAGCCAUUCAAAUAAAGUAUAAAGAUUAUUUUAUUCAAAUAAAUAGAUACUUUUAGAUCAAAUAAAGAUAAUUCUACUCUGGGUUGUAUAUUUAAAAAAAGCUGGUCCUGACUAAGUUGCAUGCACCGUAACUAACUUGUUUCAAUGGCCCUUAGUUAUAACUUCCUUUGGAUACAACCCAAUGGAUUAGAAGGGUUUACUAAGACAAAACCAAAAGAUGACAUCUGAAUAAGAGAUACAAAUUUAUAAUCUGGGAGUCAAACCAAGCCUGAAUCCAAAUCUAAAAUAUCUUAUUUGCUUUGAAUCUAAACUGGAACUAAGCAUCUAAACACAAGAAGUGAUAACUGGUUCAAAGCAAGUGAUUCAAUAAUCAGGCACUCAGUCUUCAAUUUUGUGAUCAAUGUUCAAUUUUCCUGAUUUUGUUUAUCCCGUUGUAUGUAUUUUGUUUGUUAAAAUCCUUAAAAAUUCAGAAAUAAACCGUUUCAAUAAUA